UGUUGGCGUUUGCUUUGUUUUUAAAACACAACCAAGUAGAGUAGCUUCUACUGCUUCUUCUACUUGUAGCUGCUUUCUUUUCUUUUAUACUUUGUACUGGUCCUGUUCUCUCUAUUUUCCCCCAAUUCUCUCAUCGUAUAAAAUCGAGUGUGUCCUCUCAUUCCGAAAAGGAAUCUUCGAGAUCAGCAAGGUCAUCGUCGUCAUUUGCUCACUGCAGAGAGAGAGAGAGAGAGAGAGAGAGAGAUUAGUACUAACAUUAACAAGACACACUCACUCAUCACCAACAGGAAUAAGAAGAAGAAGAAUAGGAAUAAUGGAGAGGAGCACUCCGGUGAGGAAGCCACACACAUCAACGGCAGAUCUGCUUGUUUGGUCCGAGAUUCCGCCAGCUGAUUCUCCAGCUCCUUCCUCCGCCCUUCGCUCUCACCAGCCGUCCGAUGGGAUCAGCAAGGUGGUGUUUGGGGGUCAGGUCACCGAUGAGGAGGUCGAGUCCUUAAACAAACGAAAGCCCUGUUCAGAGUAUAAGAUGAAGGAGAUCACAGGUAGUGGAAUUUUUGUGGGUGAAGGGGAAAGUGACGCAUCAGAAGCUGGCAGUGCCAACCCUUCUGCAAAUAAAACAGGAUUGCGGAUGUAUCAGCAAGCAAUUGCAGGAAUCAGUCAUAUCUCCUUUGGUGAGGAGGAGGCUAUUUCUCCAAAAAAGCCCACUAGUUUACCAGAGGUGGCCAAGCAGCGGGAGCUAAGUGGAACUCUGGAAAGUGAAGACUCUCAACUGAAAAAGCAGCUUUCGGAUGCCAAGUGCAAGGAGCUUAGUGGUCAUGACAUAUUUGCUCCACCACCAGAAAUCAAACCCCGGCCAAUAACUCCUCGCAUAAUGGAGUUGAAAGGGAGCAUAGAUAUUGGGGAACCCGCUGCACAUGGUGAUGGGAAGUCUAAUGGGGAACCACUUAAAACAGCAAAGAAGAUUUACAACCAGAAAUUCUCAGAGCUUUCGGGAAAUGACAUAUUCAAGGGGGAUGUGCCGCCUUCAUCUGCCGAGAAAUCGCUGAGCGGGGCUAAACUACGAGAGAUGAGCGGCAGCAACAUCUUUGCCGAUGGGAAGGUAGAAUCUAGAGACUACCUUGGGGGCGUACGGAAGCCGCCGGGUGGGGAGAGCAGCAUUGCAUUGGUAUAAUUUGUUAGGGUCCUAACAGAGUCAUUCUCAUAUACUGUCCUUCGUUUUGUUAAUUUAGUGGGGAUGUGUUAUUAUAUAUUAUUUGACCAUGUAUUUUCUGGGUUUUGGUCAUUCGUGUCUUUAGGCUUCUUGAUGUCUUCUUUGACUGGGAAAAGGACCAUCUGCUAAUUGGUUGUAUGUCCAUAAUCCUGUGUUUUCCUCCGUGUUUGGUUUAAUGGAAGUUUGGACUGUUUACCUGAUUUAAUUAAAACGUACCAUUGUACUUUGCUAUUCA